UUUUGUUUUUCCUGGUUAUUAUCAGGAUCAUUAUCUAGCAUUCGUGACGCGAAGUAGUACGUACGAUACGUGUUACAUCGAUACCGAGAAGAGAUCUCAGUCCGCAAAAUACAAUCUGCGAGAUGCAACGCUUUCAGGAAGCACCUAAACAAGCUCCAAAACAGUUUAAUCAGAUGUAACGGACUUUUCCUUAGAGAUAAUGUCAACGUUAGGAAUAAUCUUGACGUUGUGAUUAAUGAAAAAAGAAAGUGUCUCUUGAUGAAGCACCCUCUAAGAAUUCGCAUAGCUAACCAGCGCCCGCAUACUGGUGUUAGUGAUAGGCGAGACUUAUUUAAAUCAUUGUGUCAUCCUCAUCUUUAUCAUUAUUCUUAUAACUUCAAGGUUCAGUUUCGGCAGUGGAACCGUUAAAGAUUAAAGGAGCGAACACCUGCAGUGGAAUCGCAUUUGGGAUGCACGAGUAACGUCGACGCGCGUCCAUGUCGUCCGCGGCAGAGGAUAAAAUUGGCGAGACAUCUCAGAUGGACCAAGAGGAACCAGCGUGAUGUGCUGACCGGCAUAGUAUAUCGAAGGACAGUGACGAUCCGCACACCAAAAUGGUAGGGGGGUACUGGCCAGAUCCGGAGGAUGGUAUAAGAGAAGAAGGGAUACGAAACCAACGUCAGUUAUAUUGACUUUCUUUUAAGCGACACGCGCGUUACACACUCCGCGGGAGGAUACACAUUAAAUUUCCACGAUGAGGCCACUGCUAGAAAUGCUACUAGUCAUAGUAGCAUUAGCUACGCACACACGUGGACUCCCCUAUGGAGAAUUGCCAUCUCAAUUGCAGACACAAGAUAAGGUCGUCUGGUACGGUGGCGAUCGCUUCUCUCAAGUUCAAAACAACGUCUACCCGACCUACAAAGACAAUAUCGUCCCGGAACAAAUUGGUCAAGCGCAAUUUAAUUGGGAUCAGUCGCGGCAAAAUACGUUUGAAGGAUACGAUACGCGUGCUCCGGCAGAAUCGCAGAAGCAACUUAAUCCCGACUAUGCAUAUCAGCCUGACCAAACGCUGCAGCCUUAUUCUAGCGCCGUGGACGGUUUCACCAUCAGUUGCAGCGGUAAAAAUAAAGUUUGUGUGGCUAAAGGUUUGUGUGUCGAUGGAUACGUGCAUCCCUUGAAGCAAGGCUUUAUUCGACCAGGACAGGUGCAAGAAUGCAAGCUCAGCCAUGAAGUAUGCUGUACCGUGCGAUACGAUUUGGAUAACUCACCGUAUGACGAUCAGAUUAAUACGGUACUGAAAGAUAAUCAGUAUCCGGAACCUACUCUAGAAAACGAUGAGAAAUAUUUUCCUUACGGGGAAAAUAAUCAGGCGGACGUCGAAUUGAGACCACCGUUAAGAAACGACGCCGAACUGCAAUCCCCAUCGGACAAUGGAUACGCGAUCGAACCCGCUAAUCAGCCUCGCGACGACGUAAGGCCAGCCGAAGAGGUGCCAAUCGAUUACAAUCAGAUACCUUCUGAUACAAAUCAACAGGAGCGCUACCAAACAGGCGAUGUUAGUGCUAGCGAGCCGGUCUUCCCUUCAGCUCCGCUAAAAUUGGCCCCUGCAAACUCUAAUCCCUCGGUCUUUCAAUUCACGGUUCACAUGGGAUGCGCAGCUGCCCUGCUCUGCGUAGAGGAGCAGUACUGUACCUUAGAAGGAACGAUUAGCCCACAGCCAAUUGUGCUUACCAGCAAACAGAUCUUACGACGUGUUCCGUUGAGCAGCUGCAGAAUCUCGAAGACCGGAGCGGUCGGUAAAUGUUGCCGCGACCCCAACUACGUGGACCCGUGGCCGACGGGCAAUCUCCCGGCCAACUACACAGGCGGCUUCGACGAGCAGGGCUUCCCGACGUUCCUGAACAUCGCGAAAGUGCGACCGCCAAAGAAGCCUGCCACACAACCACCCAUCGAGACGACUCCCAAACCGCCCGUCCACGAAGAGCUGCAACCCACGAACGUCGUGCCCCUGGUGCCGGACGAUUCCGAUGUGAUUCCACAACGUGUGCUGCCAAUCCCGACCCAGGUUCCGAGAGUGCCUCCGGUCAGUACCCCCGCGCCGUUUAUCGAAACUCCGCCGUACGAUCCUACGCCGAGCGACCCACAUCCUCUUUCCAUCGUACCGGAAUUGGAAUUGCCCAACAACCCGUGUGGAGUGAGAAAUUACGGACAACGUCCAUCCGGCUUCAGAGAGACCGACGCUGCGUUCGGAGAAAUUCCUUGGCAAGCGAUGGUCCUGUGGUCGGAGGAACGUAAGAUUUUGUGUUCUGGCGCAUUGAUAUCGUCAGAUGUUGUCCUGACAGCUGCCAGUUGCGUAAACAGAUUCCCGUCAAGUGAACUGUCGGUGAAACUCGGGGAAUGGAAAUUGGGCUACGAACUUGAACACGAGGAGCCACUGCCAUUCCAAAUCAUCAAUGUACGAACGAUCAAGUAUCAUCCUGGAUAUGUGGAGGGAUUGCCCAGUAACGACACCGCUAUGCUCUUUUUGGAACACCCCGCGAAAUUCAAUUUGCAUAUCAACACGCUAUGUCUUCCUGACAGCUAUCAAGUACCAGAAACUUCGCAAUGCAUCGUGACGGGAUGGGGCAAGUCGAUAUUGCAAGCUCAUUACGCUGGUGCCAUCAUGCACAUGGUCGAUGUAGAUCUCCUAUCACAUGACAUCUGUCGAAAUCGCGUCUUGGAUGCGGAAUCCCACAUUAAUGUUGCGCAUAAUAUAAUUUGCGGCAAAGCGCACGAAACAAACAAUAUGUGCCAGGCCGACCUCGGUUCCCCAUUGGCUUGCUACGACGGCAACGGAGCCUACCAUAUCGCCGGGAUUUACAGCCAGGACACCGGAUGCUUACCCACAAAUCAGGUGGCGACAUUCGCGCCCAUUGAUAUUACCUGGAUGAAACAAACUAUGUAUCCAUACGAGCCUAAGAUAGACACCAGCAAUGAUGGCUACGAUUAUCGAAAGAGUGACUUACCAGCGGGUAACGAAUAUUUGCCACCGGUAUAAAGGUAAUGUGCAACGGUAUAUAUUCAUACUGUUGCAUAGCAUAUUUCUUUUAAUACUCACGAAUGGUAGAACGAAGACGCGCGAUAAAUAUGCGCUCGCAUAAUACUCGAGAUAGCGUAAUGCUGCAGAGAAUAAUUGGUUGCGUUUAAUCGAUUUCAUGCUGAGUUGCGGGAAAGAAUGAGGAGAGCAAUCGUUGGGAGACGAUUGAGUAUUACAGAUAAUCAUUGCCGAUACUAAACGUAAACUAAAAUAUUUGAUGCUCCGCUUUCGAGUAUUGUUAUUCGAAAUUUCCUAUAAUAUAAUUUCUAAAACGCGAUACAUACAAGAACAGAAAUCCAUUAAGGCUCAAUAUCGAGAUUCAGCAUCGCAGCAAAGAAACUCCGAGCAAUUGUAUGAAAAAGAAUACACGAACUAUUAGAUUUUAUAGAUGCAAAUAUAUUUAUUUGCCUGGCGUAAUACAAAAAUAAUAUAAAUGUGUCUGUACAUAAUGGGAACAUCGUGUAAACGAUGUAUGCUUCUGCGAGUAAAAUUAAGCUACCGGGGAAUCUGUCAAAAAAUUAUAUUAUUAUACGUUUAAUAAAUAUUUGUUAGAGAAUA